AUGGGUGUCCCUGGGCUUUGGGAAAUUCUCCGACCGGCUGCACAACAACGGUCCAUCGUUCAUCUGGCCAUUUACGACGGUUUUCUCAGCGACGAGCACAACAAGCGAGGUUAUCGCAUCGGAAUUGACGCGUCUAUUUGGUUCUUUCACUCUCAUUCCUCGCGUGAGGGCGAGAAUCCAGAGCUGCGCAUGCUCUUUUUUCGGCUCGCCAAGUUUCUCGCGUUGCCGCUACUUCCACUGUUCGUGUUCGAUGGGCCAAGACGUCCGCAUUAUAAGCGUGGCAAAAGAGUCAUGGGCGCUCAGCAUGGCUUGACGUCCAGUUUCAAACGUAUGAUCGAGGCGUAUGGCUUUGAGCAUCAUCAGGCGAGUAGGACUUUGACGUAUAAACAGCCUUUAACACGAUAUUUAAAGGCUCCCGGAGAGGCAGAAGCAGAAUUAGCUUACCUAAAUCGCAUUGGGAUUAUUGACGCCGUCUUGUCUGACGACGUGGAUAACUUUCUCUUUGGCGCGACUCUGGUUAUGCGCAACCCAAGUGCCACUCUCUCUGGUAACAAAAAUCUUGCGAUGAGAAACGCAGAUGGAAAGCAAGACAAGGAGCACGUUAUUCUAUUCUCUGCAGAGCUUAUAAAAGAUCACGCCGAUAUACAGCUCUCACACGGUGGCUUCAUUUUGAUGGGACUGCUCAGUGGUGGAGACUACUCUACCGGCCUUCACAAAUGUGGCAUCAAGACCUCUCAUGGACUCGCUCGAGCGGGAUUUGGCGAUUACUUGAUCGAACUCUAUGAGUCGACUCCACCUCAUCAACUACAAAAUGCUUUAAGCGAAUGGCGUGAACAGCUUCGACGCUAUCUCUCGACAGAUCCGGAUGGGCACAUCGGCAGGAAGCAAAAGUCCUUGGCCAAGAGCAUCCCGGAUACAUUUCCUCCCCUUGAUAUCUUGGAGUCCUAUCUCCGCCCUGUCACCUCAGAAACCAUCGGACACGUUCCGAACUUUGAAUGGGCGAAGCAACCGAGUCUCAAAGAAAUCGCAAACUCGUGCGAAAUGCAUUACGAGUGGGGUGUUAAGCCUCUUAUCAUCAAACGAUUUCGUACAGUCAUUUGGCCAGGAGCUGUUGUCCGCGUUCUCCGCGCAUCCGUGAUGAAAGGAGAUCAGAAAGAGCAGAGACAAGCAGCUGCUCGCGGUGUACUGUAUACACCCAGUCAUGGACGUAGAGACGCACAGACGGCUUUUGGAACUCCUUCCAAACUUGUCUCAGAGUCUCUCUCACGGCUAGAGCUCAGUCGCCCGGCCAGAGGAAAUCCGUUUGACGACGAUUAUGUUCGCGAGCCGACAUACGAGCCGUUAAUCGUGAAGAUUCACUCGCAACGUCAACACGCAUCCACGGACCACGUGCUGGAAUACCGCGUCGAGAUUGCGCCAGAGCAAUUUGUGCGCAUGACCGAGGCCGGAUUACUCAAUCUGCGGCGGGAGGACUCGAUCGAUGUGGCAAAUUUUGGCAGACGAAGAAUGUUACUUGACAAUGAAGACGAAUUCGGUGGGUUUGGCGAGGAAGGAGAAGGGGAGAAUAAAAGCAAGACGGCCGACCCGCUGGAACAUAUGCGCAUUUGGAUUCCGGCGUGCAUGUUAGAAAUGGUCGAACCAGAACUGGUGGAAGAGUAUGAAAACUCCGUUGACUCCAAGGAGCGCAAAAAAGUUGCUAGGGAGCAGAGGGCAAAGGACAAGGCCGAGGGGAGAGUCGCGCCGAAAUCGCGCUCGAAAGCCAGUCCUCGGAAGAAAGCUCAAACCCGCGCAAUAGAAGGCGACGAAUCGGAUGACCUGCUCCCAGAGUCGCCAACUAAACCAAAGGCCAAAAGCAAGAUAGGAGCAAGGAGGGAGAAUCAUGAUCCUGAUACAGAUAUGGAAUCGCUGGGCACGUCGAAUAAGGGCAAGAAAAGUGGCCCAGUGGUCCGAGAUCUACCGAUUAGCCUCGCUGCUCUUUUCGAGACGCAUAUCGAUUCCCCUUCUAUCAAUCUCCCAAACGCUCCAAGCCGUAACAUACCUGCAACUACGUCAAAAGGAAAAGGCAGAGACAAAGACAAAGUGGCACCUCGGUUCCUAUUCUCGAUGAAGCCUGACUACGUCGACCUUGACGCGGAGGAAGAGAAGGAAGGAGAGGAAUUAGAUCCGUACGAGGCACUCAGGAGGAAUCGGGAGAUCACUAGUUCUGGCAGCUCGGGAAUGCCGAGUAGGUCAACUUCAGGCCAGAGCUCGACACAAACGCCAUCUUCUGGACCGUCUAGUCAUACGCUUCUGUCAUCUGGAACGACCUCAUUGAUCAACAAACCGCCAACUAUGACAUCCUCUACGUCGACGUCGCGCCGUCUUCCACCAGCAUUUGCAAGUUGCACAGGAAAGAACGCUCGCAAGAAAGGUCCUCAUGGACCUGGCCCGGAGCCGAUGGAGGAUUUCACAGACCUAUUCGCCACUGCGUCUUCUGAGGAUGAAAGGCUAACCUAUGGGCGUGGAAGGAGCGCUCAAGGACCAGAGGAUGUUUCUUCCGGCGGACCUGGAGGGGGAAGAGGGCAAAGAACGAACCGUUUUGUACACAGCGAUAGCGAGGAAGACGAUCAUCUUCCCAUUUCCAGAUCCAAAGGAAAGAAGCCAACAUCAAACCUUGGAGCGCCUAUAAGGAGCAGUAGCAAGACCGCCAACCUUGUUGGCUCUUCAAAGAGCAAAGAAGGCAUCCACCCAGCAAAUGAUCCUUCCAAUGCCGCCAAUUCUCGUGCACCAGCGGGUGUGAGCAUCAUCGAGCUCCUCGACUCCGAUUCAGACACUCCUAUCUCGACGCAACCUGUUCUCAAGCAAGCUGCAAAGCACGUCGCACCAAAACCAUUCCUUUCCACGUCCCGACGACCUGCUCAUGCAGACGUAUCUAUUAUCGAUCUUGAUUCUGACUAG